GUCAGACUCUAAGCGGGUAUCCUAGGCGGGUGGCACCCCAGGGGCUAUCCGCAGGUGUCUUCCCCGAUCAGCAGUUAACAGUUAAGACUCAUCGACAUUUUUCCUGAGUUCUCGGUGCACCAUUCCAGAAGCGUGUCGGGGAACAGCGUGGCGCGGGCUUAGUGCCGUGCGGGCAUGGGCGACAGGGCCAAACCGUGCCCUGGAAAAGGUCAACAACUGGGCAAGAGGCAACCAACUAUGGACAGAUCAGGAUUCCGCUAAUCGUCGACCAUUACCUGAUUGAGAAUCCUUGCACCACGACGCCGAAUUAGAGCGAAGAUGGGACGCAGCGAAUGACUCGGAAUGUUGGUUCACAAUCAGACGAGCUCGAUGAUAACGCUCGCUAAGUUGACCCGCGGCGGCCCCGUAUUAGUUUGCCCCCUAAACCCUGUGGUGGUUAGUGGUUCCCUCCGUUGCCCGACUAAUGCAGUAUUAACUCCAACACUGCCUAUCAUUGAGGCUGAACUGCCUUCUCUGGGUGUGUUGGGCAAGAGACGAGAGGGCAGCAAGGCCAAUCAGGCAAUGGAAGGUGGAUGCGUCAAAUUGGGCUGGAAGCCACGAGGGUGUGGAAAUAGUCUGACGCCGGAGACUGGCAAAAAGACAAUUUCAAGCGCGAAUGUAAUGUUGGUGCACUCACCGUCUUUGCGGCUCUCUCGGGGAGUCGGACGGUCGGAGAGGCCUGGAGACAGGCCUAACCUUUGGCCCAGAUCGAUCAUUUCCUCUGGUGGAUGCCGCCGUUCUGUCAAUCCCCAAACACGAGGGCCACCAUCCUUGCAGCCCAGAGGCGCCGUCUUACGACGAUGCCAUUCAAACCUUCCACAGCGGAGUCGAUUACCCACCUGGAAGUAAGGAAAAUUAAAUUGCAUCAAGGAUCGUAAAAUAAAAUGCAGAAAAUUGGAAAAAUAGAAAAACCAAAAAACCAAAAAAG